UUAACUUGGCUAUACUACUAUAUUUUUACAAAUAAAGUAAGAGUGAAAAUCUUAUUCUAUUGGGUUACUUUAACUAUUCUUUCAAUACCUUUUAUUAUGUUUAUCAUUUAUAAAAUGAACUUGCUAUCAUUAAAUAACAAUAAUAAUAAUAAUAAUAAUGACAAUGACAAUGGCAAUGAGAAAACAAAAUCUCUUACAUCUUCUUCAUUAAACUUCAAAAGAAAAAUCUGGCAUUUUCUCAUUUUUUUAAUCAUAAUCCCCACUUACAACAUCGAUGUCAAUUUUAUUAAAAUUGCAUUAUCCGGAAUGAUCAUAAUUUUCAUAAUUCUUGAAUUGUUAAGAAUUGUUAAAUUACCACCCUAUGGCGAAUUUUUAAAUGAUCUACUAUAUAAUUUUACUGAUUAUCGUGAUCGAAAGGGCCCGGUUAUUAUAUCUUAUAUAUUUUUAUUAAUCGGUGUUUCAUUGCCUUUGUAUUUAGAUAACUCAAUUUCUGGAAUUAUUACUUUAAGUAUUGGUGAUUCAUUUGCUAGUCUUGCUGGUAAAAAAUUUGGUGAAAUCAAAUGGUUUAAUUCAAAUAAAACAGUUGAAGGCACUAUUUCAUAUAUUUUCAGUUGUUUCUUUGUUUUAGUAUUAUUAAAACAAUGUAACUUAGUAAGCGAACUACAAGACAAAUCAAUCAAUUGCUUGUUUUUAAGUGCAACAUUAAGUGGAUUAGCUGAAGCAAUUUCUGAUUUAAAUGAUAAUAUAUUAACACCAGCUAUAAUGUUUAUCGUUCAAAAAGUCGUU